AUUUCUAAAACAACUGGAAGGUAGGGCCAUGCUGCGAAGAGGAGUGCACCGACCAUUGUUGUCGACCCACGUUACUCGUUGUUUGUGUGAAAGAGAUGUAACGAUUCUAGCUACUGUGGAUUGUAAAAUUGACUUCAGAUGACUACCAAUAAUUCUAAGCGAUCAAACCAAGAGUAUGUGACUCCAGCGAGCUCAGCACAGGAUGCCCAGCCAUCUCCACUGGCGCUGCUGGCCGCCACUUGCAGUAAAAUCGGUGCCCCGCCUGAGGAGGGUCUCGCACAGGCGGGAGGGGGUGCGUCCAUGCGCGUGAUAGGGGCGGGGCAAGGGUGGGCCCACCGCUGGAGAGAUUGUUGCCCCGGAUGGGUUCAGCUUCCAACAGGAACAAUCGUAGACGCCAGCGGAAAGCCCAUCACCACAGUGUCAGGCGCAGGCCCUGUGGGAGCCGCCAACAUCGCCGGGCAACUCAUCCAGCAAGCAGCCGCCCCACAGCUCGUUGCCACUGCCGGGCCGGGGGGUCAGAUCACCUACAUGAUCCCAGGAACGGUCCCUUCGCACCAAAUAGUUACCAUUGAUGGACAAGAAGCCAUAGUCAUAGCAGGGCCCAGCAAUGCCAACCAAGCUGCCUUCAUGUCUGGAGGUGGGGGGACCAUUGUGACCCCCUCCGGACAGAUUAUACGUACCCAUGGCCUAGCCGGUGGUGGUAUGAUACCCAAUAUGGGGUUUACAAAUAUGGGCCCUAAUGUGGUCAACAUUGGAGGAAAUCUUGUCAACCUGGCAGGAAUGCAACAGGCGGUUAGACAAGGAACAGGGAUGGUGCAGGGAAUGCAAACGUUAGGUGGGAUGCAGGUGCAACAGAUCCCUAAUGUUAUCCAAAUCCCAGUGUCCAUCAAUGGCCAGACUGCCAUACAAACAAUACAACUGCCUAUGCAGGGAUUCCCAGGGUUGCAUCAGGCUGCACUGGCUAAUGGUGGGUUAGUCUCACUCACUCCAUCCAAUCAAAUGAGCACACAGCCACAGAAUGGUACUCCCAUGACACAGAUGACAAGCACAACCCCCAACACCAACUGCGAAGACAUGGGGCGAAGCACCCCAAAGUCUGCAGACAAGAACGACAGUGCGAAAAAUGUAAACAAUUCUGUUGCUAAUGCAGCCACCUUGCUGAGUGCACAACAGGCUCAGAGUCUUCUCUUCAACCAGACUAUGGGCAGUGGCACUUUAGCCAAUUUGGCCCUUGCUCCCAAUCAGGGCAUGACUGCGAUCAUACCAAUGAAUGCUAAUGUACUGAACACUGCAAAUGGUCAAAUGAUUAUAACAUCUCAAGGAAACAUAGUUUCCAUGCCUUCGAUGACCAUGAGCUCAUUUCCUCAAGCUGCUGUGUCAACAGCAGCCUCUUCAGCAGUCACAGCCACCACAGCAUCCCAGAAUUCUGUGAUAUCCACCGUGUUACCAGGGCAGCCCCAUUUACUGGCAAGCCAGAAUCUUCAAGGAUCAGUUCUUCCCCAGAACUGGUUGCAAAAUCUGCAGGUACAGAACCUGCAAGGGCUUCAAGGAUUUCAAGCUGUUGGGGGAAUCCCUGGUCUGACAAGCAUUCAAGCCAUUACACCUCAAGGGCAGAUAAUCAGUGGUGCUACUCUUCAGAACUUGGGAGCAGUAGCACUUGGAUCUGCUGGUGGAAUCCCAGGACUUACCAAUGGAAUUCAGCAAGACUCUUUGUCCAAUCUGCAGGUGGCAGGACCCAUACAGAAUGUGGUGACUGCUGGUAGCAGUGCAACAACAGUCCAAGCAGCCAGCGGGCAGGCAGCAGUGGCUCCGACACAUGCAUCGCAGUCCCUUUCUGGAACACAGAUAAUCUCAGCUACUCAGCUACAACAAGACCCAAACGACCCAAACAAGUGGCAGCUGGUGGCAACAUCACAGCCUUCUACUACCACACUGGCUCCCAGCCCUUCUUCUGCCACUCCAUCGCCCUCGGACAACAACAGCAACAAUCGUCGCUUGCGUCGUGUGGCUUGCACCUGCCCUAACUGUCAGGCUGAAGGCAGAAAUGCAACUGGAGAUAAGAAAAAGCAGCAUAUAUGUCACAUUCCCAACUGUGGUAAGGUCUAUGGCAAAACUUCACAUCUUCGUGCACAUUUGAGAUGGCAUACUGGAGAACGACCAUUUGUGUGUAACUGGAUCUUUUGUGGCAAACGUUUUACACGUUCUGAUGAGUUGCAGCGACAUAAACGUACUCACACAGGUGAGAAAAAAUUUCAGUGUGAAGAGUGCAAUAAGCGAUUUAUGCGCAGUGACCACUUGUCAAAGCAUAUUCGCACACAUCAAAACAAGAGGGGUGGUGGUGAUGCUGUGACAAAAAUGGAGGAAGGUGAAAUGGAUGAUGAUGACGAUGAAGAAGAAGAAGAGGAGGAGGAGGACAAUGGUGAUUUGCUGAUGGAGAAAAAUGCAGGAUUUUAAGACUCUCCUGUUGCCUUAUCCUUGAACAAAGUCAGCAAGAGGAAUGUGAAUGGGAUUCGUGGUUUUUACAGUGACAGAAAGGGACCAUUUCAUAUAAGCCAUAUGGUGGUUGUGAUAUGGUGUCACAGAGUAAAGGUUCUCUCUGAGAAAACUAAAGAAAACUUUUUUUUUUUUUAACAAGUGCUGAUUCACAUUCCUGAUAGUUUUGGCUGAACAUAGUGAGGUGAUUGUGAUAAUGCUUGAGUGUGGAUUCCAGCAUGUGCUGCUGGAGAGAGAGUUAUGAAGUUUUCUGAGCCAUUCUUCUCAGACCUGUGAUGACAUUUAAAAAUGGUUUCUUGGAUGUUAUGAGAAGUAUGGAUCACAGUCUGAUGUUCAGAAUUAUCCAGAAGAUAAAAGACUCCUAUUUCGCUUCUUCCCUUUUAUUAUGGCAGUCAUUGGACCAGUGGAAUUAUAAGGUUCUUUUAUUAAUGGGAUGGAGCACUGUAUUUUGCGCUGACUGUACCUUCCAAGGACAGAGGUUUGCAUCCCUUGGUGGGAUGGGACACUGUAGGUGAUCCGAGUUAAAACUAUGUCCAGGUUUUCUCUCAUUGCCUGAUCUUCUUUCACGUGCUUGCAUGAUCAACAAGUCACCAAAUGAAGAGAGGGCUCCAUGAAAGUGCCUGGAAGACAUAAAAACACUGUGUAUUCACUUAUAUUUCUGUAUCAAAAGGAGCCAUCUUACAGUGUGUGAUCAAAAAUGUGCAGAUGGUAUGCAUGUGCUAAUCUCCAUAUUAAAAGCAACCAGAAAGGCCACUUUCCCAACUCCUUUAUGGCUAGAAUUUUAUAUUCAUUUAUAAUAAAAGUUUAUGCUGCAGUUCAGCUAAUGCUACUGACUGCUUUUUUGGAGCUGAUAAUAACAGUUUAUGCUGCAGUUCAGCUUAUGUUACUGAAUGCUUAGUUGGAGCUGAUAAGUGAAAAAAGGAAGUUUAUUUGCAUUAAGCUUGAUUUAGACUAAAAUCAACCUUUGGAAUGUGAUAAACAUCUUGGCUGGAUUGAUAGUGCUGGAUUGGUUUUUUUUGUUUUUUUUGUUUUUUGUUAUUGUUGUUGAUUUUCUUUUGUCCUGACAUUUUUAUGUCUCUUUCUUUAAUAAAAUUACUGUUUGUAGGUUCUAGCCUUCAGCUGCUAGCCCAGGCAAUGAUAGACAUUUGACUGUACCUUUUUAUAAAGUACUCGAGGCAGCACUUUACCCUUGGCAGUUACUUUUGAUCUGGUGCAGUUUUGUGAUCCCUUUUGUUGUCGGAACAAUCUGAACCAACAAAUGCCUUCAUUUCUAAAAGCACAAGAUCGCAGCUCUUAAUCUGGGAUGAUCUCUUGAGCUGUCAUACCAGUUCAAAGGUGAAACAAUUUUAGUGCUGAAAGAUUUCAAAUCUCUGCCAAUGACGAUGUCGAUCAGUAAUGUGUCCAUCACCAAGAUAAAGGCACUUCUUUGCUCAUAUAUAAAUAAUGAAAAAAAUUAUUGAAUUAUACCCUAAUUAUAAAUAUUUAUUAACUGUCUAAAAGCUUAAAAGAAAGAGUACUGUGAAGUCAGUGUCUAUGUACUGGCUGACAUCAUUAACACUUAAGGUUAAGAACAUAGUUUGAUGUUUUUUGCAAUGGAAAAAAAGAUGCAGUUUUCAAGCCUGUAAUAAACAUCAUGGGGAAAGGUAUAAAUGCAAAAUUGAACAUGUUUGAGCAAUUAAUUGUCACAGUGUCUGACUGUGUGCCCAGAAAAGAAAACAUUGAUGUGGUACUUUUAUGAGUUUGGCAGGAGGGCUUCUUAAGAAAUAUGAAGACUCCUCACCGCAUGGACCAGUUGGUAUUGAAUGCUGGUCAUGGAAGAUGGCGGUGUGGCGGCUUAGUUUCAGUACAGUACACUGCUGUAUAAACAUUCAAAAAUAUAUUUAAAUGUCAUAAAUGGUGCAAAAGUAAUUUUACACAAUAUCUAACGAUAACUGACAAGCCCACUAUCAGUACAUUAUGCUUGAAAUAUCAGUACAGGCAGGUCCUCUCUUAUCAACAAUUCCUUUAUCCAUUGAAUCAUUAAGUGAGGUUUGUGUUUACAGUGCAAUUUCAUCUUUGCAGUGAUGCACACUUUGAGUAAGUACAUUCUUCGGCUGCUAAAUUACUUGUGGACAUGAAUGCAUGUGCUGUGCCCACCUAUCUUGGUAUAUGAAAAAAGUUGGCAUGUUUUUAACUUUGUAGGAAGGGAACUAAAUGGUGAAGAAAAAUAUUAGAAUGAAUACAGUUGUGUGUGUUUAACAAAUCGGUAA